AUGUCAUUAUGUUUAUCUCUAUGUCGACAACAAAUUAUUCGAUAUCGUUUGAAUAAUUAUUCUAAUCUACGAUCAAUUAUUAUACAUCGACGAAAAUUUUCAUCUCAUUUGAGUGAUUCGAAUGUUAAUCCCAAUCUUCCAUUACUCGAUCGUAGUCAUCAUGAACUUGUUAAACGCAUUAAAAAUCUUUUAAUUCAUGUUCAAACUGAUUUAACACUUUUAUCUGCUCCAGAUAAGAAACUUCUUAAUGAAGCUCAAACAAAUAUUGAUUCAAUAUUUUUACUUGUUGUCGUUGGAGAAUUCAAUUCUGGUAAAUCACAGUUUAUAAAUACAUUACUUGGUGAAAAAGAAGAAAUAUGUCCAACUGGUGUUUUACCUACAACAGAUGUCAUUCAAAUACUUAAAUAUGGACCAAAACGUCAAGAUGUUAUUGAAUCUGAUCAUAUUAAAUCAAUAUAUUUGCCAAAUGAAUGGUUAAGACAAACAAAUAUUGUUGAUACUCCUGGUACAAAUGCUGUUCUUCAAACACAUCAACAAAUUACAGAACAUUUUAUACCAAGAUCGGAUUAUGUUCUAUUUGUAACAAGUGUUGAUCGACCAUUUUCUGAAAGUGAACGUUUAUUUCUUGUACGUAUUCAUGAAUGGAGAAAAAAAGUGUUAAUUAUUUUAAAUAAAAUUGAUCAAAUUCAACAAGAUGCCGAUAAAGAAAAAAUUCUAAACUAUGUACGUACUAAUGCUCGUCAAGUACUUGAUGAUAUAUCUGUUCCAAUAUUUUCAAUAAGUUCAUUGAAAUCUACUGGUAUAAAAGAAUUAGAAGAUUAUUUACGUACAGAAUUAAAUGAUAAAAUAAAACUUAAAAUAAAACUUGAAAAUCCACUUGGUAUAGCCGAACGAAUAUUUGAUAAAUAUUUAGCAAUUGUUCAUGAAAGAAAACAAAUUCUUGUUGAUGAUGAACAAGUACUUUUUGUUUUGCAUAGUGAUGUUGAUGAAUAUCGUCGACAGAUGUUAGAUGAUUUUAAACUUCAAUUAAAUAAAAUUGAUAAUAUUUUUUUUCGUAUGAUUGAUAAUAUGGAAGAAUUUUUACUUGAAUAUAUUCAACUUUCACGUCUUAUCCCAACAUUAUUUAGUACAAGUAGUUCAUCAGAAUUAAAAGUUCAAUUUAAUAAUCGUGUUAAUAAAAAUAUUGAAGAAGAUAUUAAUCACUGUAUAAGUCAUCUAUGUGAUUGGCUUGUUGAAAGAUCAAAUCGAACUGUUCAUCAACUUAAUAAACAUCUUAAUACAAAUUCAAUUCAUUCACGAAGACAACAACAAAUUAUUAAACAUACGAGCAAUAGUAUGACAUCAGGAGUUGAUGCAGAUUUUUCAAUAUCUCGUCAACAAAUACUCAAUCAAUUACAAACGCAAUGUCAAAAUAUUCUCUAUAAACAAAAAACAGCAACUGGUGCACAAGCAGAUGAACUUUCCGCAUCAGUUCGCUCGACAAUGUUAGGAACAGCAGCUAUUGAAGUCGGAGCAGUUGGACUUGGAGCUUUAGCCACAUUGGCAUCAUUUGAUUGGACUGGUCUUUUAGGUGCUGGUUUAAUUGGUAUAUUUGGUUUGUAUUUAAUACCAAUGCGUCGUUUAACUAUAAAACAAGAAAUGAAAGAUCGCAUUGAUAAAACACAUAUGGAUUUAACUGAACAAUUACAAAAACAUUUUUUACAUGAAUUGGAUAAUCAUGAACGGAAAAUGCGCGAAUUAAUUAUGCCAUAUACCCGAUUUGUACAAGACGAAGAAGAAAAAUUAAAGAAAACUACAGAACAAAUUGAAACAGUUCGUAAACAGAUCAAACAAUUAAAACUGGAUAUUCAAACAUCAUUAUUACAAAAAGAAAAGACAGAAUAA